UAAACACAUAAUUGAACCAGUUCGGUUUUUUCAUUAAUUAUUACUAUGGAACUUAUGCACUGACUGGCUGGUACCGUAACCCGCUCAGUUGACUACACACUCGAUUCAUUAUUGAAUCGAUUAAAGAAACUGGAUUCACUUCAUCAAUCGUGCAAACGAGUAACUGCAAAAAAAAAAUACAUUGCAGUGCUCCGCCAAAUCAAACUGACCAUAAACAUUCAAAGUACGUGAAGAAAUUGUGUGAAAUGACUUUACAUAACUAAUUCCAAAACUAAAUGAAUACGCAAUUCUUAAAGGCAUAACCCGCAAUUUAAUACAUCUAUACCAGUACUUACUAAUACUGCAAAGGAGAGUAAAACAAAUGAUAUAUUAUAAAGGGUGUCCCAUACAGUCUUAAUAGGGGAAAUGUUAGCAUUGGUUGACUCGCUUUUGAACUAAUUCAAAUGUGUCGUACUGUAUGAUGGCUGAUUUCUGACACCCGUAUAUUAUUGGCUGCAGGCCGGGUAUGUGCUAUAGGCAAACCCGAUCCUGAAGUCCCGUCCAUUAGGUAUGACUGGACAAGUUUAUAUUUCAUACCAUUAAUAAGAGCACUGUUGCAACAAAGUCUUGCUCUGGAAGUGCCGACUUUGCCCAGAUGGAAUGAAGGUGUUUUCUGUUUGGUUCGCAUUGUGCAUAAGCAGGGACCCUGGAUACCGUAACAGCUGUCACAGUACAUGAUAAUCAAACGAUGGAGUUUAGCGCACAGUGAAACAGGACUGGUUAAUAAGUUACUUGAUAUGCAUUCAGAAUGGAAAGAUACAUCUAAGGGCAGUCGUUCGGCAUCGUCAUUAAGAAGCCUUCUGUGCGUGAAAGAAACAUAGCAAUAUAGUUUGUGAUUGUAUAUGGUUUCCUUUUUAAGUGCAUUUCACAAGUUGCAAAUUGAAUAGAGUCGAGUCGUCAUUCAAUUAUUAAAAGUAUUGUGCAUUGCAGUACAGCUAACAAGCUCAGGUGCGUGGUAUUAGGCUAAUUGUAAAACAUGGACUGCGACAAACUGUUAUGCAAUGAGAGUCUUAUUCCCACCCUUUGUAAUUCUUUUACGUUUUUUGUUGUUGUUUUUGAUGUUGCAAUUGAGCUUUCUUGUGCAAAAGAAAAACUCCACUGUCUCUAUCCCUAUGCUACUUUGCAAUAAGCUACAAUUGAAUGCUUUUACUGCAUUAUUAUAUCGGUACUCUGCAGAAUGGUUUCUUCGUCCAAACUACUAGAGAGAAACACCGGCACAACACUGACACUGACACUGACACUUACACGAAAUGUUUAUAGGCUUUAAAUAAAUGAGCUGGGCACACAGUUAGAGUUGAACAUCCUAUACCCUGUGUCAAAACUGAUACAGUAGCUAUGCGUUUUUCCAAGGUGGCAUAAAUACACCUGAUCCCCUGUCACUUCCUCACUUUCAUUCUGCUGACACAUUUGCCGGCAGGUAUAUUAUUAUCUCUCUCUCUCUCGUUCACACACACACAAAGACAUAACACCCAUCUAGACUCUCGCUCUCUCAGAGAGAGAGAGAGAGAGAGAGAGAGAGAGAGCGCUGCGCCUUAACUCCUUCUCGAUCAGUUACACUCUCCCCGGCUGCAGCGACUGCAGAUUCCAGGCCAUAGGACAUCAAUAUCCUUCAAACUGCAAAUAUAAAUAUGAAAAGAACAGAAAACCGGGAAGCCACGUAAAAGAAGAGACGCGAGUAUCUGAUCGGACCAUUUUGUUUCAACUUGUCAUCAUCAUACUGUCGUAUUUUUCGAUACUGAACUCCUGCUUUGAAGUUCAAUGAAGAACAAGUAUGCGGGGCAGUGCAUCUCCAUUGCCCUGCUGCUGGGGUUAAUGAAGUAUCAUCAUGCUUCUUCCUAUUCCAGUACCCGGCGCGCACACCUUGCUGCGGAAUUGCCUUGUCAUCUUCACCGUGCUGGUGGCGUUGGCUGCGGCGAUGACUGGCUGGUGCCCGGUCAGCUGCAUCUGUAACGACCAGCUAGUGGUCCACUGCUCCGGACAAGGGCUGGCCGAGGUGCCCCUGGACUUACCCCUGGCCACAAGGCAGCUGCUUCUCUCGGACAACAAGAUCACGGAGCUGCCGACGGUGCAGCUAAAUUACCUGUCCGACUUAGUAUACCUGGACUGCAGUAAUAACUCGCUGUACCACCUCUCCAAGACGACUUUCAUCAACCUGAAGAAGCUCGCCUACUUGGACCUCUCUUUUAACAAGCUGGUGCAAGUGGACGACCGGAUGUUCGUCGCCCUGGCGAGCUUGGUGGUCCUCCGGCUGACGGAUAACCCCGGGCUGGACCAGAUGCACGUGGACGCCUUCGCGGAGAACUCGGCUCUGCAGGUGCUGGACAUAAGCAGGAAUAACCUGACCCUGCUGAACAUCUCGACCCUGAUCACCCUGCCCGCCCUCAGGUCGAUCGGCGUCAGCGGGAACCCAUGGGAGUGCGGAUGCUCUAACGAGGACCUGUGCCUGUGGAUGCAGGUAGAAGACUACAAAUUCCAAGACGACGAGAGCACGCUGUGCCGGGGGCCGGCUCCGCUGAGCGGGAUGCGGCUCUCAGAGCUGGGGUUGAAGCUGCGGGUCGAUUGCCACCAGGGCCUGGACAGCUGGGACUACCUGUUCCUGCUCACUGUGGGCUUCCUCAUCUUCUCCGGGGGCACGGUGUCGGCCUGGGUGAUGGGCGUGGUCAUGUUGCUGUAUGAGCGCUGGGAGAACAAGCAGGAGAACGAGGAGGGGGAUGAUGAGGAGGGGUCCGGCGGGGAGGAGCAGGGUAACGGGGACCUCAACAAACCCAUCCAGCAGGUCUGAGUGGGGCUCCCCCUCCCCCCCCCCCCGAGGACUAUCAGAACAUGUAAUAACAUUCAUUUAUUGACUCAGGAGGGGACUCUUGAGACACAGGGAGAGUCUCUUCACACAUUCGUCAUUAUGAAAAGGAAAGUGUUGCACUAGGCAGGGGAAGUGGGUGUCCUGUAUAGGAGCUGCUAUGUCACACUCCCAGAGCUUGACUGAUGCACUUAUACCUCGAUGUGCAGAGAGGAGGGGUGAUGUAUACACCCCCUGUUCAUUUCCCAUUGCGCACUGAGAUACGCAGGACCAAUCAUGGGUUGGGCCACUCCAUCUCACAUAGAGGGUGUGGGAGGUACCAUCAAAGGGGUAAGAGUGUGCAUAAAGUAUAGAACUAGUGGCAUUGAGAUUAAAAAGGAACAGCUCACCCCAAUAGGAUUUGCAGGGUUCUCCCAGACAGCUCCACUUCCUACUUCCUGUACAAUCGGUGGCACAAAAUCAAAUGCAAUAAAAGCUGCAUGUCAGUUUCAAUUUCAGUCAUGAUAGGUAAGACAGUUGAUCUGACAGGCUUGUUUCUGGCCCAGCCGCACUCUGCACCUUGCUCUGCACUCUCAGGUGCUUCCCUUCAUUAAAAGCCCAGUAAAACAAUGUAGUUGUUUAAUUAAUUGGUGUAUAAAAUUUUACUACAUGCCAACUUUGUACAUUUCUUAAUAAAUGUGAGCAGAAUCAGUCUGAAGUGCUGUUGCUCACUGCUCUUUCUUGGGUUAGGUUUCCCUCAGGAUCAGGGCUGAUGGAACCCUUAUUACCUGUGUAUUGGGCUUAGGAUCCUUUCAAUCAUUUACCAUCAAUAACUGUGCUAUUGUCACCUGUUACCAUCACUUUUCAGGUUUUAUUUCACUAAUCCUUUCUUAUCGACCGCUCUGAUGUGUGUUGUUAAUUUGUGCCCUUAUAAAAGUUUACCGCAGUAAAUUUGCAGUUUUCUC